CCGGGUGACAUCUAGUCAUGAAGGUCCUUGUCUUACUUGCUGCCAUUUUCCUGGUGGCCAUCCAGGCCCAGGCUGACCCCCUUCCAGCAAGAACUGAGGAGGCUCUGGACCAGGAACAGUUCGGGGCAGAGGACCAGGAUGUGCCUGUUGACUUCACAGGAGACGAGGGUUCUGCUCUUAGAGCUGCAGGUUUAAGAAGUAUCUUCACCUGCUAUUGCCGAAGAGGAACCUGUAGAUCUUCUGAACAACGCAAAGGGAGAUGCGGCUUCAGCAUCAUGUACAACCUCUGCUGCCGCUGAACAUAGAGAACAGAGUGAAAUGAGUUCAAAUUUUACUUUGUGACCUAGAAGGAACCUGAUUUUAUUCCUGUGCCUUGUCUGCAAUUUCCCUCCUCCUUCUCAAAUAAAUUCCUUGUAGCAAGA